CCUUUAAGGCCCGAGCGGUGGGCGUCGCCCUGGAGACGCGGGCUGGGCGCCAUCACGCAGCGCCGGGAAGAAGACUACUGCAAGAGCGCAGAGCCCAGAGAGCCAGACGGACCGACCGGCAGGUGAGCCGCCACUGUGGAUCGGAGAAUGUCACAAGGCGUUGGCCCAGAGGACUGUCCUCCUGGUGAAGCUGAGGCUGUAUGCAGAUGUGCAGAGUGACUUGAGGGCUGCUCGCUUCUUCUUGUAGGACACAUGUGGACCUUCUGGCCAGGAACUGAGCAAAGGCACAUUGAGCUGACGGCCAGACAGGAUCAGAGCAGUGGCAUCAGUUUUGGGGACCACCAAGCCGCCCCUAGGACGUCAUCGGCACAGACAUGGCAGGGAUACUGCAGUUGCUGUCAGGUGCUCUACUGCAGCCUGGAGCAGCACAUUUUGGGUAGCAGACAUCGAGAGACCAUUAGCAGCGGCAGGAGUAAUGUGUCCACGAGUGGCCUUAUGGAGCGCUUCCUCCAGGACGUCAUGCACCAUCACCCCUCCAGAUACAAGGACAGCAGGCCCACACAUGCAGAUCUCCCUUCUCUGAGUUCUCCACUGAUGCCGAAGGAAGAUCUUUCCGACAUCGUGCUGGUGUCUGAGGCAGACCAGGAGACCAUGGCAACGAGAGAGGAGAUGCCAAGCACCGAUGACGAGUCCACUGAGCAGCCGGAGCCGAAGGAGAGACGCCCUCCACCUGGCCACGUACCGUCCACACGCCUCCCCGCAGCCUCGAGGGCACAGCCUGCGCCAAGUGUGCCCGGUGCAGGACUUCACUCGACCACUUUUAAAGGGAAUUCACCUACUCAGGGCUUCCUUCACAGGACUAGUAUCCGAGCGAGGAGCCCACUGACUCGGCACCAUGUGCCUUGUACGUCUCAAAUGGCUGGCACCGGGCCGUGUGUCCCAUGUGAUUCAGGUGUGCAGGUCAAGCGCGGGGCGGCGGAAGAAGCCGACAGUUCCGGAGCUCAGGGAGUAGCGAGGCUCGUAGCGCAGGCGCACCUCAGGGAAGUGAGGACAGAGGACACCGUGCAGGGCAAGGGGGACACGAUUGGGGAGACGAUAGAGAAGGUCAUCCAGGAGUACUGCUACGGCGUAGCCCAAGAGGAAGAGGGGGCCUUCCAUUUUGUUCUCAACUCGCUCACCAAGCCAGGGAACUUUUCCAUCUCUGGCUCCAGUACCGAGUGGGACGUUCCCGUCAAGUUUGACACGGAGCCGCCCAAGUCGGAGGUCUUGGACCUUGAAGCUCUCAAAGAAGUCCGGGUCAACCUCGAAGACAAGCUUUAUGAAAGCCAGCUCUACUCUGUGCUGCACCUUCCUCCGCAAAGCAAGGAGGAGAGCGUCGAUGCGGUUAAGGAGGAGAUCCUGCCCCCGCUGCCACAUAUACCACCCUCCUUCGUGGGCAAGACAUGGUCACAGGUCAUGUAUGAGGAUGACCUGAAGAUCGAGGCGCUAGUGCGGGAGUUCAGGAGCGGCCAUUUCCGCUGCUACUUUCAGAGCGACUCGCGCAGCGACUACAAGGAGGAGCCGCACACCAGUGGCAAGGCGCUGUCGGACGCCGGUGACGCCCAUGCCACCGACGAUCACAACUCCUCCGUCUUCCUCCCAGUGUCCCAACCCGAACCGGCAAAAAGGCCGGCUAAAAGAAAGUGGCGUAUGGCAUCCCGGUGCCAGGUGGUCAAAGUCAGUCACAGCACUCAGACGAGUGUGCUCAGCUACCCCGUGCUGAAGAGGAGAGUGACGAGAAAAGACACGGGCCACGUAGCCGACGAGACGCCGGAGGUAAAGACGCGCCUGUGCGCGCUCAAGCUGCCCGAGGCCUACAACAAGAUCAUGAGUCCCCUGCAGCCCAAGACCCUGGUCUACGUCCUCUCCUCUCCAGACAGAGCUGCCUGCCCGGCCAAACCUCCCGACUCGCUGAAAACGAGACGCAAACGCCGCUCGGUAGACAGCGAGAGCGCCGUCCGCUACAAGUACAAGAAGACCCCGCUCAAGUACUACGACCCCCUGACCAACAGGAUUCUGAAAAGCCUCCCCAAGGGCUUGGUGCUAUGCAAGGCCAAAAAGCCUGCCCACGUGCGGCAGCUCUUCCGGAGCCUGAGCCCGGACACGAACAAAGAGCCGAGGGAAAGCGAUGGCUCCUCCAAAGGCAAGGCCAACAGCUCCUCGGGGCUCUGUGGCACGAUGGGCUCCUCGGCUCGCAGUGCCAGCCUCUCGGAGCGCGGCUCCUCCACCUCCGCCCUCGCAGACAGGUUUCCUCUGUGCCCCUUGACUCUGCCCACGUCCUGUGCCACCGGGCCCUUUAAUCUGAGCCCCGUGACCACAAGCUACAGGAAUGCUAGGCCAGAGCGACCUUCGGAAGAGGAAGAGGGAGUGAGGAAGAAAGAUCAACAAACGGACGGAGUCGGGCACAAGCGGGUGCAGGCCCGGAAGGCGGGCAGGACCUGCGUGACGUCGGCAGAGUCACCCGGCGAGGCGAGAGCUGCUGCCCGAAGCACACGUCGAUGCCCGCGCUUAAGGAGCAGCCCCCCGACCUCCCUGCGUCCUCGUCCCAGGCAGCCCGCGGCGGAGAGCUGCCAACGCAGGCAGUCGCCCCGCGUGAAGAGCGGCUUGACUCUCAGGUCGUCCUUACGUCCGAGGGGACGGGUGACACGCAGCGCUAGGCGCUGAGGAGUGCCAGAUCUCAGGAAUGUGACAUUGACAAAAGCAAUCUGGGGGGGG